AUGCCAGCUGCAGAGGGUCAUGUUCAUAAGCGUCAACGGCGCGUUGCCACUCCUGCAUUUUCCAUUCAGAAUAUGCGAGCACUUGUGCCUCUUGUCUUUAGCAAAGGAGAGGAGCUCAAAGAUAAAUGGAUAGAUACGAUUCAGGAAGCGAAGGAAGACCAGGCAGCCUCGGACAAGCAGAACUCCUCGCCGUUUUGGAAUAGACGUCUGUCACUGGAUCAGCCGAGCGACCUUCGACGUAAUUGGGUUAGCAGGCUUCUUGACCACCACUUCAACGCUAUACAGAACGAGUCGGACGAGCUCUUUGCUGCGUAUUGUCCGAGGUUGCUGUCUCGCAGGGAGAUGGGCCUUUUCCCCGAUAAGAGGGCCAAGACCGUCCACAGAUGCCAAGAAACUAUUCGCCGCGUAGCAGGAAAGCUAGAGCAGCAGGAGAAAUCCAGGAUUUUGGAUGGAGAGAAGAGCGUGAAAUCCAAUAUUGCGACAGACCUCCCACCAGAUCAGCGAAUUUCCAACGAAGAUAUAUUGCACAACAUCAAUACCUUCAUGUUCGCAGGGUCUGAUACGACAUCUCUCGCUCUGACGUGGACGUUUCUGCUCCUUGCAAGACAUCCAGGCUUGCAGACUCGUCUUCGUACGGAACCUCUCUCUAUCGUACCGACUACCCCGAUAUCGCGACUGUCACCUGAAGAAAUCGAGUCUUUACACAACACCUUGCAGAACUUGCCAUAUCUGAACAACAUUUGUCGGGAGUCCUUGCGUCUGAUCCCUCCAGUCCAUUCUUCCCUCCGGGUUGCAACACAAGUUGACGAGAUACCUGUACCAUAUUAUGUCCGUUUGAGCGACGGCACGGUCUCGGAGCAAUCUCUAACACUAAAAUUCGUACAGACACGCGCACAAUCUUGCAGAAUGCUAUAA